AUGACACGUGCAACAAGGCAAAAAGAAAAGGAGGAGGAACAGGCCGGACGUCGCACGACAAGGAGGCUAUCUCAACAGACCGAUAGGGAGGGUGGUGGCGGCUCUAAAGGUACUAAUGCGUCCGCCGCGCGUGGCAGAGGGCUGAAAAAAUUGGCGGGAAAAAAGGCCGCGUUUGGACAGGAGAAGUCCGGCAAGAAGGCGGAAGAGAAGGAGAAGACUGCUACUACUGCCACAGGGAGCGUGAGUCUUGCGGUCCCGUCGGCGGAGAGAGAGGGGUCGGCGACAGGGGGAAACCACAGCGACUCUCCCCGCGCCGAGCAUGGCACAACCCAGGAGUCCGAGGCGGAGGCAUCCCAACACGGACUGACGCUGCUCCAGCCGACCGUGGUCGAAAUUUCUGCUGCCGUGGUGAAUAAGGCCAAGGCGGGGGAACACAGCAUCGCCGACGUAGGUGGCUCUCCUCCUUCUAGUGGACGUGGGAGGCGUAGGCAGAGGAAGAGCGAUGGGGAAGAAGAGUAUGACACCGCCGUGCCCGGGGACAUCAAUACGCGGUCGAAGAGGCGGCAGACAAGCCGCGGUGCUGACGACGCCGGUGGUGCGGAAGUUGGGACAACGCGAGGCGCCAGGGAAGCAAGUGGCAAGGCGACGGGUCAUGCAUUGCGCAAGCAGGGCCGACCCGCAGCGAGGAGAACAUCCGGCGGAAGGAGGGGCAAGAAAGAUGAGGGGGAUGCGGGGGAUGAGGAGGAGGAUGCGGAGGAAGAGGAGGAUGAAGAGGAUGUGGAGGAGGAGGACGCGGAGGUUGGGGAGGAAGAAAAGGAUGAGAAUGAUGACGAGGAGGACGAAGAGGAGGAGGAGGAGGAGGACGAGGAGGGGGGCGACAAGGAUGAGGAGGAGGCGGAGGAGAAGGAGGAGGAGGAGGAGGAGGAAGAGGAGGAGGAGGAGGAGGAGGAGGAGGAGGAGGAGGAGGAGGAGGAGGAGGAGGAGGAGGUGGAGGAGGAGGAGGAGGAGGAGGAGGAGGAGGAGGAGGAGGAGGAGGAGGAGGAGGAGGAGGAGGAGGAGGAGGAGGAGGAGAGGGAUGAGGAGGAGGAGGAGGAGGAGGAGGAGGAGGAGGAGGAGGAGGAGGAGGAGGAGGAGGAGGAGGAGGAGGAGAAGGAGGAGGAGGAGGAAGAGGAGGAUGUGGCGGCAGUGAAAGGACGGGGCGGGCGAGGCAGACGGGGAAGUGGUACAGGGAAGCUCCACGCUUCUCCUGUCUGGGGCAGGGCCGUCUCCCCCCUCGCCGGUCCUUCGCGCGGGCAAGGGCCAAGCACUUCUGCCAAUCCCUUCCCUGAGCUGCCCUUUUCCCGCCAGCGUGAUAGUGUGAGGGCACACGGGACUGCUGCAGAAGACGUUGAUCCCCUUGGCCAGAAGGGAGAUUCUUCACACCCUUUUCCCCCGCUCUUGGGUGCCCUAGGUGAAAGUGCAGAGCACGAGCAGUUUGUUACACGGGAGGAGUUCCAGGCGCUACGGUCUGAGAUGUACGCCAUGUUUGCUCAGCUCGGCCUGCGUCGUGGAGCACCUGCCAGUUAUGCCGGGGGGUCCGCAGUGGUGCCUAUGAAAGGUAUCCCGCCGCUGAUGAGUGCUAGUGUUCCAGGAGACAAACCCAUUCCCGGUAUGUGGCGGGCCAAAUGGGGCGGGUUGGGGUUGACGUGGCAACCAGGGCGGGGUUGGGGAUGA